AUGCAUAUCCUGGUCGUUAACGACGAUGGGCCCCCAUCAGCCCGCCUCUCCCCCUACAUCCACCCCUUCGUCUCCGCUCUCCAAGCCUCCGGCCACUCCGUCUCCGUCGCAAUCCCAGCAGCCUCGCGCUCGUGGAUCGGCAAAGCGCACUUGAUCGAGGCCUCUCUCGAAGCAACCUACGUUCCUCCCUCCGCCUUCCGCAACGAUGGUACAUGGGAUGACACCCCCGAGUCGUCCAACGAAACCGAGUGGGUGGUGAUCAAAAACGGCACACCCGCUAGUUGCGUCCAAUUAGGCCUCUUCAACCUCUUUCCCGACGAGCGCGGGCCCAUCGAUCUAGUUAUCUCGGGCCCGAACCACGGUCGUAAUGCGUCAACGAUUUAUAAUCUUUCUUCCGGGACAGUCGGUGGUGCGCUUGAGGCUGCGAACUGCGGGAAGCGCGGGAUUGCGAUCUCCUUCGGGAGUAAGGAUCCGCAGCCUUCUGAGACGAUUGAGGCUGCUGCGCGGUUGGGUGUUCGUGUUGUUGACCAUCUUGUGCGGAAUUGGGAUGAGAGGGUUGAGUUGUAUAACUUGAAUAUCCCGAUGCGCGAGGAUGUGGAGGAGAGGCCGGUGCGGUAUACGCGCGCUUUGCCGUAUUAUUGGGAGAAGGGGUGUUUGUAUAAGGAGAUACCGGGCGAUGAGGAGGGUGUUAAUGGGACGGGGCAUGAUGUUGAGGCUGAGACUGAGACCAAGAAGGUUAUGAACGGUGGAUUGGGGUCGCUGAAGCAGCGGAGCUUCAAGUGGGCUGCCGAAUUGUCAGAUAUGAAGAAGGCUUUGCAGGCUAGUGAGGAGGGUACAGAUGCGCAUACUGUUUUGGAUGGGUGUACUAGUGUGACUCCUCUUCUGGCGAACUUCUGGCAUGUCCCCGGUCUCGAGGGACAGUUGAAUAUUGACGAUUGA